CCUACUUCAUUGAGCAGGACAAAUGUGUGCUUAGUGAUGGCCAUGCUUUCUUCGCGGGUACCGUGAGGUCGUUAUUCACUGCUCAUGCUCCAUUCACCGCUCGUUUUAUACGAUUUUUAUUCAAAUCGUAUGAAACGAGCGGUGAAUGGCGACCUCACGGUACUCCUUUUCAAAAAACUGGCAAAUCAGUGGAUUUCUCGGCGGGGGUUUUACGGCGCGUUUCGCUGUUGAACUACUCUGAGCAGAAGUGUUUCUUGUAGAAGGUCUAGCUGCUCUGUAGAGAGUCCGACAGUGGGAACGUCUUUCAGUAUUAUCCCGACCUUCGCACUUUUGACCAUAUCACCGUAGCUAGCUGAUUCCAGCUGUCUCCUUCCUGGGUGGGAACGUUUUCCUGAGGCGCCUCUACUAGCUCUGAAAAGAUGUUUGAUCUCGGUGUAGCGUCCGGAAGAACAUUCUUGCAAUCCGAACCGGUUGAAUCUAUCGGCCGAACAGCAACAUCUCUUGAAGAAAAUGCAACCUACUCGCACAAAAUGCUUUACAAGACUGACACAUCGGUCUUAUUACGACGUUUGUCCUUUUUACGAUCAAAUUGAGGCGUUCCUGAAAAAGAGUCUGGGUUAGUUCAGAUUGAUUAUAAUCUUGUAGUGGUUGUAAAACAAUAAAGAUGCUUCUUUUCUCGGAGCCAAACAAAUAUUACUUGACAGUUCACACAGCAAACAAAGCAAUGUAAACAAAAUGUCAUCGAUCCUCUUUGGAUCAUGUUUGUGGAUGUUAUGUGUUUGUUGACAUCGCUCGUUCGAUUCAAUGUUUUGGCAUCUUGCGGUUCUAUCUCUUAUUCAAGAAAACUGUAAAUUUCAACAAUUUGUAUACUCGAAAGAAUCUAUUGUUCUAUGGACUCGUAACUGUGGACUUUUCAUAUCUGUGAAACGAUUGUAUCAAGCUCUUCGAGGUUUAUUUCAGAAAAGUGGCGAUUCCAAACACUGGUAGUAAUUUGAAAGUAAUAUCCGUGGUAUAUCUAAUACACAAAUGUGAAUAGUGCAAUUCAGCUAUAAUAUGCCCAGGUGUACCAGGAAAUCUCAUUCAAAUCCGAAGAAAUCGGAACUUCCAGGGUCAUCCAACGAUCAUCUUGAAAUGUUCGUUCAAGACGGAACCUCGGUCAUCGACGCCGAAAUCAAACAGGAAGAGGAACAGAAGCACGAACUAAAUCCACUUGAGUCGAAACCACUGGGUGAAGUUAAGGUGGAGCCUUUGGAACCAAUCGGGGAUCCAUUCGGGCAGCCAGAUCGGAACUUCGACCAGCCUCGCUGUCAAUUUUGUCUGAAGUCGAUUAGCGGAGAUCAAGCAACCAUCACGCGGAAAAUGGUCACCUAUGUUCUAGGUGUACGAAAACUGGCCACGUUUUCCGAAAAUCCGGACUGCUGCCUAGAGUGUAAGAAGAUGUUUGAGAUGUUUCACGAGUUCAAGAAGUCGUGCUUGGCGGCUUUGGCUCGUUCGAAGGAACUGUUGGCGGAGAAAAAGGUUUCGAAUACGGUUGAACCCUCGCGGCGGGAUUCGAUGCUUCUACUGGUGGAAGUAAACGACGAAAAAGUUAGUAAGAUUUCUGGGUCACCAAUUCAGAAAUUUGAUUCAGAUGUUGAAGAGACAGGAUUUCAGGAUGAUACUGACGAAGAAAGCAUGGAACCAGUUUCGGUGGUACUACCGACGGAGAACACCAUCGAAACGGUAUUUGAUAGUCCGGAGAAAUUAUGCGAAAUGAACUGGCUCACCUAUCCCGAAACAACGCCAAAAGAAACGGCGCCUGAGCCGAGCAUUCCGCCUGUCCCCAUCGAGGAUCCUACCAGUGGCAAACCCAAAAAACGAAGAAAUGUCAAAUCAAAAGACAAAACCCCGCGCAAAAAGUCCAACGCUGAACAUCCUACAUCGAAUCAUUCUGAAUCCGAACCAGAGGAUGGUUCCGAUUUGGCGCCGGCAAAUUCGGCAUCAAAAGAAGGUCCUCGGAAACCGAAACGGAAUAAGAAAACCAAGUACGCAUGUGAUCAGUGCCCGGAAACAUUCACUACCGAACACCAGUGGACGUUGCAUAUGAACAGACACAAAGGCAUUCGGACGGUCGCCUGCCGCCGCGAAGGCUGCGACAAGAAGUUCUUCGAUACUCAGCAUCGCCACGCGCACGAAAUCGGCUGCGGCAAGGAUGUGAAGAUUAUGUGCAGCGUGUGUGCCGCCAUCUUCCGCUCGAUGAGUGCCCUGCGCACCCACAUGGCGAGCCAUGGAGAACUGAAGCACUUCUGCAAAGUCUGCGGCAAGGGUUUCUACCGGAAAGCCAAGCUGGACAAGCACGCCUCGGUGCAUUCCGAUGCGCGGAACUUCGAGUGCAAUGUGUGCGGCAAGCGGUUCAAGUCAAAGGAAGCCAACCGGGUGCACCAGCGUGUUCACACCGAGGAGCGACCGUACGCGUGCCACAUCUGCAGCAGGGCAUUCCGAUACAACUGCGGUCUCAAGGCGCACCUGGAGAGGGGACACGAUCCGGCCGACUUACGUCAGCAGGAUCUGGCGGCUGGUAAUAGUUCUUUCGGAAUAUCUGGCGGUUUGUACUGAUGCGAAGGAUCUGUAAGCUGUUACAUUACAUCACAAGAAUUGAUCAAUA